GGCAUCCCCAGAACCCGCUGGCUACAGGCGAGGACAGACAGACAAGGAUGGACAGAUUCCGGGUGACCGCUGGCCCAGUCUCCCUUCUGGCGGCUCUGGUCCUGCAGCCGGUUCAGGCCCAACCCUGCUUUGCCCAGAGGAAGCCGUGGCUGGUGGGGCUGGGGGCCAUGCUGGCCGCCCUCUUCCUCCUCUUCAUCCUCACAGUGGUCUACGCCAUCUGGUGCAGCCAGUCCCGUGACAGCAAGAAAGAGAAGGAAGAGGGGACUGCGAGAGAAGAGGGGAAAGAAGCCGAGGGCAACCUGGGGCUGGAGCUGGAGGAGAAAGGGGGGCCUCCAAACCGCGAGAGAGUGGAGAGCUCCUCGGAAUGAAGGCUUCCCACCUGCCUCCUCCAGGCAGGCCUCCCAGAGAUGCCCAAUGCCUGUUCUGCACCCUACAAGCAAAGAGCUGGUCCUGGGGCCCGUGAAAUGAUCCCAUGUGGGGUUCAGAUGAAGUGUCCCUGAAUGAGGAGGGCUCAGGUCCCGCCCCAGUCCCCCCCCCCACCCCCACCCCCGCUUUGCAUUUGCCAGGGCCUUAAUACACCCCCUUCCCCAGGCCCCUUCUCAGGGGUAAGAGGGACAGUGGGAGGAACUGCAAAGGCCCUGCAGUGUUUGCGGGGCCCAGAUCCGGCCCGGCUGUCCCGCCGAUGGGCCCAGCACAUGGCGGCAUCCUGGGAGAGAAGGGUCCCCCCUCUAGGCACUGAUUUGCUGGUCACUGUCUGCAAGCCGUUCCUGGGUGCGGGUGCUGAGCUUGGGAGGGAACGCAGCACCCUCCCCCGACCCCCGGGCAGCUCCCCGUAAGGCUUGAACUCCCAGCGUCCUUGCUGUGCAGCCUCAGCGUGUAACCUAACCUCUCUGCGCCUAAGCUUCUUGUCCAGUAAAAGGGUGCGGGGGGUAACUUGAUCCUUUAUAAAUUGUCACGAGGAUUAAACGAAACAGUGUCCAUGAAAAUCCUGA